AUGUCCAUUAGAUUCAUUCGUUCAAUUCAUUAUAAAAGAAUACCUAAUUAUCGUGGAUACUGGGAUCGUAUACUAGAACAACCCAGCAGCAAUAGGCCGAGGACACCUAUACCGAUACCUAUAGAAAUCAUAGAAGAACCGCCUAUGCCGAGUCGACCGAAACAGUUUGUGUAUCUAAAGGGAGUGCCGCUGGAAGUGCCUGAAAGACCUGAACAACCUACGAAUUGCUGCAUGAGUGGCUGCGCUCACUGUGUAUGGGAUAUUUAUCAAGAAGACAUAGACGAUUAUAGACAUAGAAAGGAAAGCCUGAUACAAAGAUUUAAAGACGCAGGAGAACAAGUGCCGAAAGAAUUAGAAUCAGAACAAGACGAUAUGGAAAUAAUGGAUCCAACCAUGAAGGCAUUUCUAGAGAUGGAGAAAAAGCUUAAAUAG